CAGGAACUUGGAUGCAAAAUGGGGAUAGGAUAGGCGAUUAUAUCAAAAACAAAACAAAAAAUGAUUUCGACGUUUUCGAAAGUAAGUUUAGUUAAUUAUUAUUUAAUUUUUCCAUGAGAAAGCAGAACAUAGGAAUUGGAGAUGGAAGAAGAAGACCAAGCACUUCUCUCCGUCCCUCUCUCGCUUUUUCUCACAACUCUCUCGCUCCGAUAAGAUUUCCUGAAGAUUUUCUCGGACUCCAGAUACUCUCGCUGCAAGCUCUUAGAUCUGCUUAACAACUCAGCUGUAUGGCGCUUGCGUUGCUUCCUCAACUGGAAGAAGACUAUCUGAUGUCCGGCAAAUGAAAGAAUGUGCUGUGGAUCAGAGUGGUUAAAACUCAGAUCAUUCCCAACAUCAAAUUCUAUAUUUAUUGAUGAAAGCACGCCGUCCAGCGUAGACAUGAACCACUUGACUAUUGAAACGGAAGAUACUUUUGCUAGUUUGCUUGAACUUGCUGCUAACAAUGACAUUGAGGGCUUCAAAAGAUCAAUUGAGCGCGAUCCUUCUGGUAUUGACGAGAUUGGUCUGUGGUAUGGUCGAAAGAAAGGCUCAAAGCAGAUGGUUAAUGAGCACAGGACACCUCUGAUGGUUGCUGCUACAUAUGGCAGCAUUGAUGUCAUGAAACUGAUACUUUCUUUGUCAGAUGCUGAUGUAAAUAGACCCUGUGGCCUUGAUAAAAGUACUGCCCUUCACUGUGCUGCCUCAGGUGGGGCUGUAAAUGCUGUUGAUGCUGUGAACCUGCUUUUGGCAUCAGGAGCCGAUGUAAAUUCAGUAGAUGCCAAUGGUCAUUCUCCUAUUGAUGUUAUUGUUGUUCCUCCAAAAUUCCAAGAAGCCAAAUUGACCCUUGAACAACUCCUUAAACCUCACGGUUCUGAUGUAGAGCGCAAGCUGAUGGUCUUAACCGGCACUAUGAGUUUGAAUUCCCCACCCCUUUCAUCUUCCCCCGAGAAUGGGUCCCUGUCUGUGUCGGAUUUCACUUCGCUAACAAAGAUGAAUUUCAGCGAUCUCCCCAUAUAUUCCAUGUCGGAGAAGAAAGAAUAUCCUGUAGACCCAUCUCUCCCUGAUAUCAAGAAUAGCAUCUAUUCAACUGAUGAAUUCCGAAUGUAUUCAUUCAAGGUGCGGCCUUGCUCUCGAGCCUACUCUCAUGAUUGGACUGAGUGCCCGUUUGUUCAUCCAGGGGAAAAUGCUCGAAGAAGGGAUCCAAGGAAGUUCCAUUACAGUUGUGUCCCUUGUCCUGAUUUCCGAAAGGGAGCUUGUAGGCGUGGAGAUAUGUGCGAAUAUGCUCAUGGGGUCUUUGAGUGCUGGCUGCACCCUGCUCAGUAUCGAACUCGUCUUUGCAAGGAUGGUACCAAUUGUGCAAGGAGAGUCUGCUUUUUUGCCCACACCACUGAGGAACUUCGGCCACUAUAUGUAUCUACUGGUUCUGCUGUUCCCUCUCCUCGCUCAAGUACUUCUGGAGCUGCAGCCAUGGAUUUUGCUGCAGCCAUGAGCCUCCUGCCUGGCUCCCCUUCAUCGGUAUCUGUUAUGUCCCCCUCACCGUUCACUCCACCCAUGUCUCCAUCUGCUAAUGGCAUGUCACAUGCAGCUUGGCCCCAACCAAAUGUCCCAGCCUUGCAUCUACCAGGAAGCAAUCUUCAUUCCAGUCGCUUGAGAUCUUCACUUAAUGCCAGAGACAUUCCUACAGAGGACUUUGAUAUGUUGCCAGAUUUUGAUUUGCAGCAACAACAGCUCUUAAAUGAUCUAUCUUGCCUCUCUCAACCAUCAAUGAGUUCUAAUUCUCUGAAUCGUUCUGGUCGGUUUAAAACUCUAACCCCUUCGAAUCUUGAUGAUCUAUUUUCUACUGAGAGCUCUUCUCCUCGAUUUGCUGACCAAACAUUGGCUUCAGCUGUUUUCUCCCCAACACACAAAUCAGCAGUUCUUAAUCAAUAUCAGCAGCAGCAGCAGCAGCAGAGCAUGUUGUCACCAAUCAAUACAAACUUCUCCCCAAAAAACGUUGACCAUCAUUUAUUGCAGGCCUCUUUUGGUGUUCCGACUUCCGGGAGGAUGUCUCCCCGAAGUGUGGAACCUAUCUCACCUAUGGGCUCUCGGGUAUCGAUGUUAGCUCAACGUGAGAAGCAGCAACAGUUUCGCAGCCUCAGCUCUCGGGAACUUGGCUCCAACUCUGCUUCCAUUGUUGGGUCCCCUGCAAAUUCUUGGUCAAAAUGGGGAUCCUCAAAUGGGAAGCUGGAUUGGGCUGUUAGCACAGAAGAAUUAGGUAAGCUCCGCAGGUCAUCUUCAUUUGAGCUUGGGAACAAUGGAGAAGAGCCAGAUCUAUCAUGGGUUCAGUCACUUGUCAAAGAAUCUCCAACUGACAUCAAAGACAAGUUAGUGACACCUGUAUCUGAUGUUGCUGCUACGCCCAGUGAGGUUUCAAAUAUGAACUCACAAACAGAAUCGGUUGAUCAUGCUGUGUUGGGAGCAUGGCUGGAACAAAUGCAUCUUGAACAAAUGCAGCUAGAUCAUCUUGUGGCCCAGCAAAAUUGAAACCAUUUUUGCUGAUUUCCGAGGUAGUAGACAACAGAAAGGUUUUGGUAAAUUACAUAUGCCGUUCCAGAUUUUGUUGGCUGUGAGUGUGAGUAAGGUGGUAACAGUAACAAAGGAAGAAAGCAAGGGAGAAAGAUGCUUGAAAAAAGAAAAGAAGAUUCAUUUUCGCUAUUUAUUACAACAGAAGUUAGAUAGGGUGAGAAACCCUCUGGGUUAUGUUCAGAAGAAUGAACCCAGUCUAAGUGGUUUUGGCUUCCAAUAUUUCCAAAUAUUAGGUUUAUAUUACUGUCAUUUUUUCCCCACCCCCCCCUUACCCUUUAUCGAUUAUCACCUCUAGGAGGAUCUUUCUGUAGGGUAUAAAGUCUGCGUCUGGUCCAGAUAUUGGGGAUAAUGCAGAGGAGGUUUGUUUCUGAUGUAGUAAUUUAGGAGAGGAACAAUAAUGGGGGCGGGUUCCAGUAGGUGGAAACAGAUAGUUUCUUGGAGAAGUGAUGAUUCUAUGAGGAUGUGACAUCCAGUCAGUUAAAGCGGACUGCUAUUGUACUCCCAUUAUUUUAGCUUUUUUUUUCCCUUCUUUCUAUGUAGUUGCUUUUUAUCCCCCUUUAUUUAUUUUUUAACUGUUGGUUCCAAUUUGUACUAAUCCCUCUUUUUAUAUCCAAUUGAAGUGGGUUUUGAUUAGUGGGUUAUCAUCAGUGUGGGCUGGGACCUCUCGCCGGCUGUGGUGGAUUCCAAACCCCAGUGGUGGGGUUUGGGGAUUAUGUGAAUGUGGGAUGUUGAUGUGGAAACUACCAUUAAUAUGAGAUCCUGUAUGUAGAUGGUGGAUCAUCGGCCUACUUUGGUUAAGACUAUUUAAUGCAAAGCAGACAAGAUCUUCAAUUUUGUGCUCAUAGGUGGAAGAGAGAGAACUUUAUGAAAGCGAUGGAGUAUUGUUCUUCAAUCGAGGUCGUCGCAUUCGUGGGUAUCAUUUAAUGUGAUCUGAUCUGAUCUAGUCGAAAUUAAUAACUGUCUGCUAUUAGAAAUGAAUUUUACAGAAAUUUUUGUAUAAAUUUCCAUUCUGUAUACUAUACUGAUGUCUUAAAAAAACCAACUCUUCUCGGGAGGUUGGUUUCUAUGGCAAUGUUCAUUA